GGCGGGGCAUCGGCUGCGGUUUUGUUCCGCGGUGCCUGAGGCGCACCGUCCCCAUGCGCGGAGCGCGGCCUGCGCGGCCGGCGCCCCGCCCCAGGUACGGUGCCGGGCGCUCGCCCGCCGGCCGGAGAGUGCUCCCGGUCGUCGUUCGCAUGCGCCCCGCCACGAACUCCGGCCGCCGGAACGCCGUGUCCUUGCGCUGUCAGUCCCGAGUCUCCGCACGUCGGCCGGCGCCGCGCAGCCGCACGUCGAGAGCCGGGUGCAUCGCCGCAGCGCGCGGAGCCCCUCCGGCCAGCCGGCGCCUCGGCACCUUAAGGAAGCAGGAAGUUUGACGAGAUAUGAUGGUCCCUUAAGGGAAUCCCAAGAACAGAUCCUACCCAACGACCUGUGGAAGGUGACUUGGAAGUGUCUUCCGAAGCCACUUUUCUUCGUAGACUGAAGGGUGUAGACACAGCACUGAAAAGUCUGGAAAUGGGUCAGCAUCUCUAAAUCAGAGCUCUUACCCUGAGUUUCAGCUCAGACCUGAUGGCUUGAGCCUGCUGAUGUCCAGUGUUUUGGAAAUCCAGAGCCCAUAGAUGUGGACUAAGGAAGAGCCCCGACCAUGGUCACUCUCAUCACGGAGAAGCUGCAGAACCAGAGUUUGGAUGACCUUACCCGAAGGGCGUGUGAGGCUGGCCCGUAUUCUGCUGAGAAACUGAACAAAAGUGGCCAUUUGUUCCCUUUGGAGAUUGGCGUGGACAAAAGUCCCUGGAAGGCCUUACAUGGAGGAUGGCCCAUUGGAAGCCAGGCGGUCUCAGGCCGCUUUCCACUGGGCCCACAUGGUGUGUCUCAGACCGAAGGUCUCAGGUGGCAGCUGGAAUCCCCAGGGCCCAUGGCUGUGGGCAGCUUCUUGGACCUCCAUGAGAGCACAGGGCCACCUGCAGCACCACCAACCAAGAGACACUGCCGGUCCCUGUCUGAACCAGAAGAGCUGGCUCGAUGUCGUUCCCCAUGGCGCCCUGGUAGCUCCAAGGUGUGGACUCCCAUCUCUAAAAGGAGAUGCAACAGUGGUGGGAGUGCCACCCUGCAGUGCUGCAGUGGCCUUGGGAACCCUGCCCUGCAGGGGAGUGUGGGUCCGGGCCUACCCAGGAGCCCUGUGUCACCGCUGACGCCCCGGCCAGCGUCAGCCAGCAGCGGCUUUGUGGACAGCAGUGAGGGCAGUACAAGCUCAGGUCCAUCCUGGCUUUCUGCAGGACCCUGCGCAUUUUCCUCCAGGCGCCGACUGUCCCUCUCACAAGAGCACCUUGUAGAUGCAAGCGUUUGCCUGCCGUCAGCCAGCAGCACCCCCACGUCCACACCUGAGCUAGGCCGGCACCAUGGCCUGCUCCGGUGCCGCUCACAGCCUUGUGUAUUGGAUGGGAGGAGGGUCCGGCGCAAGCGGAGACGGGAGGAGGAUGCCAGGUGGACGCGCCCAUCCUUGGACUUUCUGAAAAUGACACGGACUCUAAAAAACUCGAAGAGCCUUUGCUCCCUGGACUAUGAAGAUGAUGAGGACGACACCCAGGCGAAGACUGUUGUGUCCUCCCCGUGUAACUCGCAGGGUCUUGUGGGCAUCAUCACACCUGGCUCUAGCCCAAGGAUUCCCAGGCCUGGCCCCACCAGCCCUAGUGCCUGGGCUUCAGGGGAGCCAGAGGCCAGCACAGGCGAGGGUGGGAGCAGUGGGGACCCCAGUGACUGGGACAGUGCAGGAGAGGAGGGCAUCUUCCCACUGGACCACGGCGACCUAGACCUGGAGCAGAUUGAGAACAACUGACUUUUGACUGAGCAGUGGUUGCUGUUUGUCACCUUGGUGCCUGACCAGUGGAGAUAACUUGUGUGUUAUUUUGAAAAUUGAGGCGUAAUUUUGAUUCAGUUUUUCCUAAAGAAGUAUUUUGCAUUUUUAUGGCUUCUACAGUUCGGGAGAGCUUCUCUAUUUUGAAAUGGGUUUUCAGAGGGCAUUCUAUUAAACAUGAUUCUGCCUAGA